UUAUUUAUAUUCUGGGACAGGAGAGUCUGAGACACCUGUCACGAAGGCUACACGUCCAAGAGCUGCACGCCGAGGCAAAUGUUUAGGACGCGCUUAUAUCGUUAUUAUAGGUUGUCAGAGAGCACCGUGCGUAAAGUUAUUCCUCCGCUGUCUUGUUUUUCUUUGUGUCACUCUCUUUUUGUUUCCAAGCCGCAUGAGUUCACCGCUGUUUUUAGGUCAGCUGGUCGGGGCUCCGUUUGAAAUCAUGCACCCCACCAUGGAGAAAGACACAACUUACACUAAGAUUUUCGUCGGCGGGCUGCCUUAUCACACCAGCGACGCUUCUCUGCGGAAAUAUUUUGAGACUUUUGGAGACAUCGACGAGGCGGUUGUGAUAACGGACAAGCAGACAGGGAAAUCCAGAGGAUAUGGCUUUGUGACCAUGGUGGACAGAGGAGCAGCAGAGAGAGCAUGCAAAGAUGCAAAUCCCAUCAUUGACGGCAGGAAAGCCAAUGUGAAUCUGGCGUACCUGGGAGCAAAGCCUCGCAGUUCACAUACAACUCUCUCCGUUGGAGUUCAGCAAGUCCAUCCUACGUGGGCUCAGAGGCAAUAUGGAUUCAUGCAGCAGUACAUCUACCCUCAGACCUUCCUCCAACCCAGCCUCCUGCUACAGUCCCACCUCAGCCCCACAGCCGCAGCCCUCACAUCCCCGUAUCUUGAAUACAGCUCCACCUACAGCCCAUAUGGUCCCACGGGACUAGAGCAGUACCCCUACAACCCCUCUCCAUCGCCCUCAACUGGCUACCUCAGCUACAGCUUCUCCCCCUGCACACCUACGCCAGCUCUCGCCGCAUCUCCAACCCCUCCUGCUGCCAUCCAUCCUCCUCUGGCUGCUCUUACCGCUGUGUCUGCCACUCCACAGGCUUUCCUCCAUUACCCUCUUCAACAGCCUGACCGCAUGCAGUGAGCCACCCAGACCAAAGGUGGCAGCUACAGACCUGAUGAUUCAAAACAUUGUGACUUUUGACCUGUAACAUCAUCAGCAAAAAGACUGGAUCAGUGGAAGAGUGUGAUUUUUUUUUUUUUUUUAAUAAAAGGGCUGUUUAAGAGCACUCUCGUUCAAGUUUUUAUAACUUAUUGUUUUAACAGAUAAUGACCAAUUAUCAUCUGCUAUUGUAAUCAGGAUACACUGAAUGUUUUUUAUAACUGGCAGCAGUCAGCGACCAGAAAUGGACAACUGGUAAUCUUCUGGACGUUUCUAGACAAAAGCAGAUGGGUGAAGACAAUGAGAAGUAUGUGCGUCUGAUGUGAUGCUGCAGCUGCAGUUUCUCCAAAGGAACUGAGCUGAAAGCUGGACUUUAGCCAAGAUGAGAGCCAGCUCCUCUUUCUGAAGCACACACCCAAUUACCUCCUCCUCAAGGUUAGCUUUCUGUCUAUGGCCUUAGAGAUUUUUCUGUACCUGGUUUGUCUUUUUUAUUAGUCCCUCAUGUCAAAUGAACAAGAUGUUUAUUGUACACCCUUUUGUUCUUUUUAUCUACUGCUAGCAGCUUGUUAUAUAAGGAUUAUCACAGAUUAUGCAAUUAUGAUCACUAAGGAUAAACAUGAAUGAGGUAGAAAACACUGGUGUUUUGUUUUUGAAUUGUUAUUUAUAAAGCAUUAGGCAAAGAACAAAAUACUCACCACGUUUAAUACUCGCCACUGUAGAUGCUUUUUAGGCUUUUUUGACUCGUAAAUUCUGGAGUGAAAGUGUCUUUGGGAUUGUUUGUCUCUGUGAUAUUCAUUUAAAAUGCUGUCAAGACAUAUAAAGAAAUGAUCUUGGAUGAGCAUGAAAGGUUUGUGUGAAUGUGUGUAUGAGUAAAAGAGAAAAGAGCAUUACAGUUAAAGCCAGAGUUGAGAUGAUGCUUCUUUUUCAGACACUUGUGCUGUUGUUAAAAUAUUUUUCUUCAUCUUUAUAUCCCCCCGCAGAAUAUAGACGGAGCUUUAGCAACAAUACUGGAAUCUCUUGGUGCCGUGACAGCACCAGUCUUAGUAAUCUUAAACCAAGCCAUACUUCACAUCUUAAACAAAUAUGCAAAAUAAAAAAUAGUAUUUCUAAAUGUGAUGACGUUUUUUCUGAGUGUGGUCAACUUUUUGUAAUUGAUGGUGAUAUUUGUGAAUAAUUGCUGUUGCGGCAGAAGCCUAAAGAGUCACAUGUGAGUCACUAGCAUUUCUUUAUAUUACUAAGACACUUUUGAACUGGAAAAAGCUUGUGGUUGAAGGCGUAUGUGUUACAGAAACAAUUAAGGGAAUGUCUUUGUCAGCUUUACUGCUGAGAAUUUGAUCAGAUUUACUGUCAGUCUCAUGUCUGAAUGGAUAAUGAAGCUGUAGCCAGUUAGCCCACUAAAUAACACACUAUUCUGUAUGUCGUUAGAUUAGUUUGUGCAAUAAACCAAUUUAUGGUUUUACAUGAGGUUACAGUGUGUGCCACAGCUGGGAGAGGUUACUUUCUUAAAUAAGUGUCAGGCAAUUGUUCCAGGACAAAAACAAUGGGCCCUUAACCCACAUAAAAAUGAGGUUUUCAUUUUUAGAUUAUAGUCCAUAUACAAAUCAAAGCACAACACUGAAACAUGUUAAUUAGUAAGAAGGUCAGAGGAUUCAGUCACUAUUCCUCCAUUAUCCCUGUCUCCAUGCUAUGCUAUUCUGUU